AGAGAAGCCCAGCAAAAUCGACCCAUUAUGGACAAAACACAGCAACAAGUACGUCUGGGCCCAGCAAGGCCAACUAUAGCAGCUAUCAAGAAAUAAUCGCCAACUCUCUCCUAAACCUAGGCCAAAUAGCGGAGGAAACCCUUGCCAUCGAAGGGCAGCUGCCUGAAGCUGAGCUGCAGGUCUCCAAGCCACCAUCCAACGUUGUGCACCUGGUCCAUGAGGAUGCGGGAGAGGAGUUAGUGGACGAGGAGUGCGACAAGGAGAUCAUUAUCCAGACGGAGGAUGCGGAGGAGGUCAUCGAGGUCACCAGCGAACGCAGCAGCGAGUUGUGUCUGGAGCACCGGGAUGAUGCGACCUGCGAGGAGUCCUGCAAACUGCAAAAGGCUGAAGCAGAAGAAGAGGAUGAAGAUGAGGAGGAGGAGGAUGAAGAUGAGGAGGAGGAGGAGGAAGAGGAAGAAGAGGAGGAGGAAGAGGAAGAAGAAGAGGAGGAUGAAGAGGAGGAGGAGAUGGCUCCUGAAGUGAUCUGCGAAGAAGCUCCUCACACUUCUCAGGACACCCAGAAAAGCCACUGUGAAGGGCAGUUCAGCCCGAAGCCCGAGUACUCAGUCAUCGUGGAGGUCCGGUCGGAUGACGACAAAGACGACGAUGCCCGCUCCCAGAAAUCGGCAGUGACCGACGAGUCAGAGAUGUAUGACAUGAUGACGAGGGGGAACCUGGGGCUGCUGGAACAAGCCAUCGCACUGAAGGCUGAGCAGGUGAAGAUUGUGCGGGAGCCCAGCCGGCUGCCAGGAGAGCACGUAAAGCACUUCCAGGUGGAUGAGAAACAGAGCAAACCGCUGGACAGCAUCCGAAAGAGCUACUACGGCAAAGAUCCCUCAAGACCCGAGAAGCGAGAAAUCAAAUGUCCGACUCCCGGCUGUGAUGGGACCGGCCAUGUCACGGGACUCUACCCUCACCAUCGCAGCCUCUCUGGUUGUCCGCACAAAGACAGGAUCCCUCCUGAGAUCUUGGCGAUGCACGAGAACGUGUUGAAAUGCCCCACGCCAGGCUGCACAGGACAGGGUCACGUCAACAGCAACCGCAACACGCACAGGAGGCCUAUGUGCUUUGUGAAGCAACUGGAGAUCCCUCAGUAUGGAAGCUACCGGCCCAACAUGGUCCCAGCAACCCCCCGGGCCAACCUGGCCAAGGAGCUGGAGAAGUACUCCAAGGUCACCUUCGAUUAUGCAAGUUUUGAUGCUCAGGUUUUUGGCAAACGCAUGCUUGCCCCAAAGAUUCAGACUAGCGAAACCUCACCUAAAGCCUUUAAAUGCUUCGACUACUCCCACGACGCCGAGGCUGCGCACAUGGCUGCCACUGCCAUCCUCAACCUCUCCACGCGCUGCUGGGAAAUGCCGGAGAAUCUCAGCACGAAGCAACAAGAGGCCCCCGGCAAGUCCAUGGACAUUGAGGUGGAUGAAAAUGGGACUCUGGACUUGAGUAUGAACAAGCACCGCAAACGGGAGAGCACCUUUCCCAGCAGCAGCAGCUGCAGCAGUAGCCCCAGCAUGAAGUCCCCAGAUGUGUCCCAGCGCCAAAACAGCACCAGUGCCACAAGCAGCACUAUGACCUCCCCCCAGUCCAGCCAGACCUCCCGUCAGGAUGAAUGGGAUGGGCCCAUUGACUACACUAAACCAAACCGUCAGCGGGAAGAGGAGCCAGAAGAGUCAGAGCCUGCUGCUCACUCUUUUGCCUCCUCGGAAGCUGAUGAACAGGAAGUGUCAGAGGAAAACUUUGAAGAACGAAAAUACCCAGGGGAAGUUACUUUAACCAACUUCAAGCUUAAAUUCCUCUCCAAGGACAUCAAGAAAGAGCUGCUCACUUGCCCAACCCCAGGCUGUGACGGCAGCGGACACAUAACGGGAAACUAUGCCUCUCACCGCAGCCUUUCUGGUUGUCCUCUUGCUGACAAGAGCCUCAGAAACCUCAUGGCUGCCCACUCUGCUGACCUCAAGUGCCCUACUCCUGGUUGUGAUGGCUCUGGUCACAUAACAGGAAAUUAUGCAUCGCAUAGAAGUCUGUCAGGCUGCCCUCGUGCCAAGAAAAGUGGGAUCAAGAUCACCCCGACAAAGGAUGAUAAAGAAGACCCAGAGCUGAUGAAGUGUCCUGUUCCUGGCUGUGUUGGGCUCGGACACAUCAGUGGCAAAUACGCCUCUCACCGGAGCGCAUCAGGGUGCCCUCUCGCAGCCCGCAGGCAGAAAGAAGGAUCGCUCAACGGCUCCUCGUUUUCCUGGAAGUCGUUGAAAAACGAAGGUCCAACCUGCCCCACCCCGGGUUGCGAUGGCUCCGGCCAUGCCAACGGGAGCUUCCUCACUCACAGAAGUUUGUCAGGGUGUCCAAGAGCUACUUUUGCUGGGAAGAAAGGAAAACUCUCAGGGGAUGAAAUUCUCAACACAAAGUUCAAGACCAGCGAUGUUCUGGAGAACGAUGAAGAGAUCAAGCAGCUGAACAAGGAGAUCAGUGAGCUGAACGAGUCCAACUCGGAGAUGGAAGCGGCCAUGGUGAAACUGCAGUCGCAGAUCUCCACCAUGGAGAAGAACCUGAAGAACAUUGAGGAGGAAAACAAAAUCAUAGAGGAGCAAAACGAAGCCCUGUUCCUGGAGCUCUCAGGGUUGAGCCAGGCUCUAAUCCAAAGUCUUGCCAAUAUCCGCCUUCCGCACAUGGAGCCAAUUAGCGAGCAGAACUUCGAUGCGUACGUGAACACGCUGACCGACAUGUACACCAACCAGGAGUGCUACCAGAACCCGGAGAACAAGGACCUGCUGGAGAGCAUCAAGCAAGCUGUCAAGGGCAUCCAGGUUUAGUGCCGCAGGACGGAGACGAGGAAGUGAGCAGACUGUAAGAUGGAACUUUCCCUCCAAGUAUUCAGGUUUACAAGUUGGAAAACUUGUUUAAUGAAUGAAAAAAAAAAAAAAAAAA